AUGUCGAUGGCUCUCCCAGAAAUGCCCGUACUGGCCGUCUUCGGAGCAACUGCCAGGGAGCUCUCGAGAACCGGGGUUGAAGUGGUCGAGGUCGACAUAGGAUCAGAGGCCAGCAUUCGAGCAGCACUGGAAGGUGCGGAAGCAGUCUUCGCAAAUACUGCCUUUCCUCCAGACGUCUUUGUCUCCCAGGGAGCUGCAGCCGCGGAGGAGGCAGAGUCCAAGACUGCCUUGAGGAUGGCCCACGCACUCGCACAUGUCACGACUCUGAAGCACCUGGUGUGGUCCACCCUGCCAGAUGGCUGGAAGAGGACUGAUGGCAAAUUGCACAUCCACCACUUCCAGUCCAAAGUUGCCGCGGCUCAAUUCAUCCGCAACGAGCCGGAGCUCGCCAAGAAGACUACGAUGUUGGCUGUCGGAAUGUAUGGAUCUAAUUUGAAGAAUCCAGGAUACGUACCUAUUUACGAGACAUCUGCCAAGAAAUUCGUUGUGAAGCUACCCCUUCGUCCCGAUGCCUCAUUUUCAAGCAUUGGAGACGAGCGCAAGAACGUUGGUAUUCUUGUUCGUGCUAUUCUUCGCAGCGGAGAGAGGAGCUACGACAGAUGGGUCGUAGGCGAAGCGCACAGAACAACAAUGAGUCAGGACGUGGAGGCACUCGAUAGAGUCGUCAAAGAGCAGCUCGGAAACGAGACGCAGGUGGCGUAUGCAAACAUAUCGCUGCAGGAGAGUGAGGCUAUCUGGGGGUCUGUAGCCACACAAAAGGCUGCUAUGUUCCAGUACUAUGAGUUACUGGACGACGCAUUUGUUGAUGCUGGGCAAGAAGGCAAGACUUUGUAUCCGCACGACCUCGGCGUCACUGGUGACGAAUUGGCCACGGUGGAGGACUGUCUCGGGUCCUUCGAUUGGAAGAAUAUCCUAUAUGGACGGGGCAAUUGA